AAGCACUUUAAUGGCUUCUUGGAAUUGUCUAAAACAUUAAGUUGACAUACGACUGGGUUUUUAUUUCUUUUCAGUUGUUUAAUUUCAUUUCAAUCGAAUAUGGAAACCGAAAAUUUGGAAGAAGACUUAAGCAGAGGUAAACUUUUAACACCAACAACGAAUAAAUUCGUUUCUACAAUCUUCAACCUACAUUUUUGUCAAAGAACUUCUAGAGAAUGUGUGAGUGAUAUUUUGGAAGCGAUUGGCGACUUUUGUACAACGAAAGAGAUAUACCAAAGGUUUUUAUUGACUGGAGGUCUAGGGGAGGGAAUGGUGUGGAGUAAAGACAUCGAUUUUAUGCUCUUAGAUACCUCCAUAACAGUGAAGCAGGAAGAAAGUGGCGAUAUUGAAACGCAAGGUUUUGAAUUACUGUCAAUGACAGACCAAAUAAAACCUGGUUUUGCAAAAUUAUCUGUUGUCAACCCCGAAUCUUUUCCGUUUAUGGACUGUGCCAGGAUAGUAAAUGGAAAAUACUAUCUCUCUAGUUUUUUGUUCAUCCAAAAACAAGCCCAAACGGUUUCUGAAGCAAGCAAUGCUGAAGGUACACACGGUCCAGCCGUUUUAAUAGGAAAGGCUUCAGAAGUUCACACAGAAAACGACGUUGUUUCUACGUUAAAAUCACCACAAUGGCCACACAACGUUUUCCAAGCCUUCAAAACACGAGUUCUUCACUGGUUGAGUUACGAAAUGGUUUCUCAAAUUGAAAAAAAUGGGUGUUACUAUGUUCCCAUCGGCGACCCAACAAGCCCCGAAAAAGACUUAGAAUGGAGACUUUCGUUCUCUUUGAUUGAGAAAAGCCUGAUUAGAACYUUGAAUUCAGUCCAGUACAACUGUUACACUUUCCUAAAGCUUCUGGGUGAAAUAUUGCAUUCUUACAAAGAGCAAAAGCUCCUUUGCUCAUAUUUCUUUAAAACUGCUUUGUUUUGGAGCAUUGAAGAAGAAGAUAAGAGCUUUUGGGAAGAGAGUAAUGUUUUGAACUGUAUUGCUUUUGUACUGAAGAAGAUGAGCUUAUUCUUCCAAACGCACAAUUUUCCCAACUACUUUAUCCCAGAGAACAACAUGAUUGCGCAUUUGAAUGCUGACAAGUGCUGUCAACUUGCAGAGGAAUUGGCAUGCAUCACGAAAGAUCUCUUGUAUACUGUUUUUUGUUCUCUUCCACUAGGAAUAAAGGGAGAAUAUGAUUCUGUGUUUGAAAGAUUAAAUCUCAAAGAUACAGAAGAUAGACUUGCAAGUAAGGAAACCAGAGAUGGUUUGUACAGAGAUGUGGUAACCACCUUAGAAGCACUUGAUUCCUGUCAAAUACAAGAUCUUAUGGAAGCUGGAAUUGCUAAUAUUUCAAGCUCAACUUCAUUAUAUCAAAAGAAAUACAGAAGAGACAUUAGAAAUGAUCUCCAGAACUUUUUAGACCCAAAUUUCUUUGACCUUUUUGAUUUUUUCCCGAGGGGUUGUUCAUUGGAAACCAAAAUAGAUGCUCUCAUGGCAGUUAUCGCAAAUAUAUCAAAUGUCGUCAAGGAGGCAAACUUUUGUUUAUGUUAUAAGCAAGCACUUUACAGAGCUUUGGGUAACAUUUGUCAUAUUGAAGCACUGUAUACCAAAGAUGAGGAUAGAAAGACAACUUUACUAGAAGAUGCAGAGAGCUACUACAAGAACGGACUAGAGCUAGUCUUCCCAGAUGGUUUUGAUGACCAGAUGUUAAGCAGUAAAGUGUAUUUGGCACAGUUUCAUUACAUGAACAACAAUCUUGGAAAGGCAGCUCAAGUUUUAGAUGAAGUUGAGGAAAUUUUGAAUGAUGAAGACCUUGUGAUGGAGAUUGGUGAUGCUUGUAUUUGUACUGAGAUUUGUGUCCCAGAACACUUAGAAGCUCUAAAACAUGAUCAAGGACUUUAUGAAUACUUCAAUGGUUUGUCUCUUAAGGAUUCAAAAUUCAUUAAUUCUGUAGCCCUUGCUUAUUAUAUGAGGCUGAAGUGCUAUCAAGUAUCACAGCCAAGAACAGAUAAAGCUUCUACUCUCUUGCAUCUAAAAACUGAGCUCAUACAAAACAGAAAUUCAAGAGAAGUGAAAGUAAAUGAAGAUGCCUUCAGUAAUGAGAGAUAUCAGAAGCUGUUUAUGCAGUUUGAGAAGUUUUGCACUUCUUAUAAUGAGACACCAUCACAUUCUGUAAUCGAUAGAAUAUUAAGAGACAGCUCUAUGGUGUUGCUUGGAAUUGUGAGGAAUCAAUGACAUAUUCAAAGAAAAUAAAAUGACUUUUUCUGUGCUCUGUUGAGUAAUACAGCACACAAGAAGUAAUGUAAGCUAAAAAGUGUGAAGAGAAUCACACUUCUUGAGCAUUUUUGGAGCUUUCUAAGUUCAGCACGCAAGGAGUAAUGUAAG